UUCUUAAUAUCACUAUCUUAACUCCACAAAUAUAAAUAUCCUCUCUGGUCAAUAUUCCUAGCUACAACAACACUGAAGUUUAAUUAAUCCCCAGCUAUUCAGUUUUGAAAUUGAGAUAUAUUCGCUUCGUAAUCAAUGGUGAGGAAGACAGAGAGUAGUGAAUCUAGCGAUGAUGAACAGAGAUACUCGUCUUCAUCUGAAGAAUGGUCGGAGGACUCCUCAGAAGAUGUUAAUGAAAUUGUUGAAGUCAAUGGGUUUCAAAUUCUUGAUUCGCAGGUAAGCCAAGUGAAUGCAAUCUUUGAAAAACAUCCAGACAUUGCAUCAGAUUUCAGUUUAAAGAACCAACAGCUCAAAAAUGCUUACAUGGGUGUUCUUCUCGACCUAAUCAUGACACUGUGCCAAUCGCCUAAGGAGCUCACGAUGAACGAUCUAAACAAAGCAGACCGCACGAUUUUGGAUCUGACAAAAGCUGGCUUGAGGUUGCAUUGGUUGCGUCAGAAACUGGACGAAGCUUUCUUGAAGAAGGAGAAAAAAAGAGCCAUUGGGGCACGGAUCAGAGAACUUGAGGAACAAGUCAAGAAAUGAAAGCUGAAUUUAUCGGAUUUAGAAUCUGAUCUAAAGAAACAGAAAGCUGCGGCUUUGGCUGCUGAAACUCCGUUUGAUUUCAGCGAUGUUGUUUGAUAUCACUAAUUGAUGGAUUUGUGUGAAGUAUUCCUCUGUUUCUUGUUCUGUUUUAACUUUCCUUAUCACUAAUUGAUGGUUUUAUGUGAAGUAUUCCUCUGUUUCUUGUUCUGUUUUAACUUUCCUUAUCACUAA